CGCACCGAUCAACUUUCCAAAUAUCUUAAAAAUACUUGAUAAUAACAAUUUUAAAAAUAAGUUAAUGUUUGCUGGUUUUAGACACUAAAUAUAAUCACAAGUCAUGACGGCUAAGAAAGCAACGUUUGACCUGAUGAACCUGGGAUAUCCCGUUCACUCGGAUCCGUACGAAAUAGAUCGUGAAUCGUCAUCGUCGUCGCAAAGGGCACCCAGCGAGACUGUGAUGUCCUUUAAGGAGCUAAAGGAAAAACUGCACAAGGAGGCGAAGAACAUGAUGCCGGACUUUUUCCCGAGGGAUCCAUCCUCCACUUCUGAAGACAGCGAUGAUUGCGAUUUUCCGGAGACUGUAAAAGAACGAGCACGCCGCAUUUCCUUUGUCCGUCGCCGGAAGUUGCACUACAAUGAGUUCACAACCGUCGAGUUGGCCCGGCGACUGAUCCACGAGGAGUUCAACAUGUCAUCGGAGAGUCUUCAUAGCGAGGAAAAAGAUUACAUGGAGGAAAUCGUCCAGGAGGAGUGUGCUCCCUGCGACGGCGACUCCGACGAAUCGUAUCCCUAUAUCCAGUACGAUCGCCUUACCACCCAGUCUCAAAUUUCCGACGAGAGUGUGCCGAAAGAGGAUCCCGAGCCGGGAUUCCAACCCACACAUCAUUGCUACGAUAAGCUAAUAAAUGAAAUUGUCGAACAGCCAGUAGCGGAUAUCCCCAAGGAAGUGGUUCCCAUACCAGAGCCCAAGGCACCUACACCUCCAGCACCGUCCCCACCGCCAGCACCGGUGGAAGUGGAAGUCGUUGAAGAAAUUGAUCCGGAGGUGGGGUCUCAGGCUAGAACUUCGCAGGAGAAACGUACUCGGGUCAUUGACCGCGGCGAACAUAUAGACCUUAGUGCCAAUAACACCGUUCCAAAGAGCACUCGUUCAAAGGCAGUGAAGAGAUCUCCUGAGCGUAAAUCUCGCAAUUUAUAAACUAAUCUUCAUUCACAAGAAUCCUCUUUGAUGGGAUAUGCCGUAUCAUUGAGGUACCAAGCUAGAAAAACUGAUCCUUAAACCAUAUUCAUGAGAAAACAUUACUGUUUAUCUUAAAUAUAUAAUGCUUACCGAAAUAAAUGGCUAUGUUAAAAAAGCAGUUGACUUAAGGCAAAAACGGCUAAAAUAUUUAAAGUUGUAGUACUUUAAUAACAUAAAGGAUGCCAAAGCUUCCAGUUAAAUAAACCCAUUCGCGCCAACGCAUCCAAGCUAAUUUAGACACCAAAUAACGCACAGCUUAAAAAAUAUAGUUUUCUCAACCCGGAGACCGCACAAUUAUUUGGGCCAUAAAGGCUCAAACCCACACAAGCGCACACAUAAGAGGACGAAGGACAUUCAAAGGGAUAACUAGUGUGCUAGAACGAUAAUGACACCUAACGGUUUCCUUGCCCAGGAUUGUGUGGACGAAAGGAGAAAGCAAGGGAGAAAGCUAGAGAAAAGGGAGUAAAAGGACAAUGUAUAGAAAUUAUUUUAAAAAGCUAG